CAAGAACGACAUCAGACGUGCCGCCUAAACUGUUUCUACAGUGGUACCAACGUUGAAUCCAGAUCCCUCGUUUCUUCCCUCUUCUUGCUGGGUUUAUCAGGUGUUUUGAUUUUUUUAGGGUUUAGUUCUCACUCUCCGUCAAUAUAACCUUCGUAGACACCUUAAUCUCCAUUCUAAAACCCCUAUCCAGAAAAUGGCUCGAAACGAAGAGAAAGCUCAAUCGAUGCUCAAUCGAUUCAUAGCCCUAAAAGCCGAGGAAAAAAAGAAACCCAAAGAGCGCCGCCCAUACCUCGCCUCGGAAUGCCGCGACCUCGCCGAGGCUGACAAAUGGCGUCAACAAAUCAUGCGAGAGAUAGGCCGCAAAGUCGCCGAGAUCCAAAACGAAGGUCUCGGGGAGCACCGCCUCCGCGACCUCAACGACGAGAUCAACAAGCUCAUACGGGAAAAGUCACAUUGGGAACGCCGUAUUGUCGAACUUGGCGGCUCGAAUUAUGCCAAACACGCUCCUAAAAUGACGGAUUUAGAAGGGAAUAUAGUGGAUGUUCCAAACCCUAGCGGACGAGGGCCUGGGUAUCGGUAUUUUGGAGCUGCAAAGAAGUUGCCGGGAGUUAGAGAGUUGUUUGAGAAGCCGCCGGAAUUGCGAAAGAGAAGAACGAGAUAUGAUAUAUAUAAGAGGAUUGAUGCGAGUUAUUAUGGGUAUAGGGAUGAUGAGGAUGGAGUUUUGGAGAGAGUGGAGGGGCCUGCGGAGGCAAAGAUAAGGGCGGAAGCGGAGGAGGAGUGGAGGAGAGUAGAGGAGAUUAGGAGAGAGGCAAGGAGAGGGGCGAAGGAGGUGGUUAGUGUGGGGGCUGCGGUGAGGGAGGUGUUGUUUGAGGAAGAGGAGGAUGUGGUGGAGGAGGAGAGGAGGGAGAGGGAGAGAGAGGAGAAGGAGAGGAUGGAGAAGGAGAGGGAGUUUGUUGUUCACGUGCCGUUGCCGGAUGAGAAAGAGAUUGAGAGGAUGGUUGUGGAGAAGAAGAAGAUGGAGCUAUUGAAUAAGUAUGCGAGUGAAGGAUUGUUGGAGGAACAGAGUGAAGCAAAAGAUAUGCUUAAUAUUCAUCGGUAGAAUAGAUGAUGGUUUCAGACUUUCACUUUCACCAUGGAGAGGUCAUUAGUUUGAGGGAAUAGCCUUCCUACAAUCAGUGGAAAAUAGAGUAAUCAUUUUAAUAGAUAGAAAGUUGGUGUCAUUGCAGUUUAUGGUAGCAUUCAUGUCGAUUAAUGAUACUUGCUAUCAAACAGGAAAAUGACGCGGCACUUGUGAUCUUUAUUAACAAAAGAUUUCCUCCAAACUAUUACUUAAAAAAUUAAUUACAAUGUACACUACAAAGAUCUGUGCUGAUGAUAAACAUGUAUGAAUUUAUGUUCAAGGCAUAGAUUCUAAAUGUCAAGCAUCCCAUAUAUGAUGUGUUAAGAUUUUGACUUUACAGUUCUUAUGAAGUAACUUCAGGAUA